UAAACCUCAUCUUCUCUUCAAUUCAAUCCUCUCCUUCCUUUCUUUCUUCCUAUCUUUCUUCAUUUUCCAAUUUCUCUAUCCUCUGUUUCUACGUCAAUCCAAACAAAUCCAUUUUCUUCCAAUCAAUUGAAAUGGAAUUUCCUGUAAUUAAUCGAAUGACGGAUUCUUUAACAAACCCAUCAUUGAUUUCUCGGGUUUUCUCUACAUUCGAGCUGGGGAAACUCUCCCAUGCUCAUAGAUUAUGGAAAUGGGGUGCUCUGUUUUUAGCUUUACUUUAUGCUUUAAGUAGUCUUGUUAAUAAAAUCAAGCUUUUAAUGCUUUUUUAUCACAAUAAAUCUAAAGCUUUGUUAGCUAAAUCAGAACCGUUUUUAUCUCAUUUUGACGACGUUUUUCUUACUGAUGAUGACGAAAACGACGGCGUAUGCUCUGUUUCUGGGUCUUCUUCUGAUGAUGAAGAAGAAGAAGAAGAAGACGAAGAUGAAAGUAUAUCAGAAGACGUUUCUAGAUUUUUCUACGAUGAUUUCAAUGUCAAGGGUAGUUUCCGUAAUUUCUCAUUAUCAGAUCUGGUUAAUGGGAGCAGCGUUGUAAAACUUUGGGAUGGGUUAGAUUUAGGAAUUGUAGAAGUUCAUGAUGCAUUUUCCUUUUUAAAUUUUAAUAAUUAUGAAAAUAGUAAUUGUAUUAGCAGUUCAAUUUUUAGUGGUAUUCCGGCGGUUUCAUCUUCUCCAGCGGUUUUUAUUUCGGGUCAUGAAAAAUCCGGGAUGAAUAUUUGGGACUUACGAACCGGUGGAAAAUCACCGGCGGUUCAUUCAGAAUGGAAAUCCGAAAACUGUGGAAAUGUAAUCCGAGUGGAUUCGGGUCGAACCGGAAAAGUGUAUGUAAGGGAUGAUGUGAGUAGGUGUUUGACAGUUGGUGAUGUGAGGCGAGUUAAAUCGCCGUUGGCUGAAUAUGAUGAGUCAACUCACGAGUGAGUAUAUUGUGUUGCUCCCACGGUCCUUUUGAAAUAGUUACAAAAACUGUUGAUAAAAUUUUAAUGUAAUUUGUGAAUUACAACUUUAAAAUUUAGAAUUUUUACGAA